AGGCCAUCGACAAAACACAAAACAAAAAUUUUACCGAUUAUGAUUUUUUUUUUCGAUCAUGUUUGUAGUUUUAUGGGUUAAUGGACUGAUCAUAAUAGAUCAUUUUUCUGGCGAGUAUAAAUGGACAGCUUAUUGGGGUUAUGUCUUCAACAUAUUCGACGGAAUUGUUGUGGAUUCUGGGCAUAGCCUACAACUUUGGCUGUCGUUGUUCAUUAUUCCCCACUUUUCCUCGCUUUCCCUAUUUUCUUCUGUUUUUCAUUUUUCUCCGGCGAGGUUAGCUUUCGCCGUUCGUGCUGCACUGAGUAGCUGACCGGCGCACGUCCUGCUCUCCAAGUCCCCACGCCAGUGACGAUCUGUGCUCCAAAACCAAACUCCACCGACUCCACAUCACAACAUCGGCACCUUGCCUGGAAAUCGGCACACCGUCCACGAGUUAGCUUCUUUUUUUAUGAGGCUAACAUGGAAACAGCUACUCUGCCUCUGAGCACGAUUGUACCAGAAGAUCUUAAAAAAGAUAAUUAUGAAAGGUGGAGCAUUUUAAUAAAACACUACUUAGUGGCUCAAGAUGUUUGGGAUGUUGUUGAACCAAGACCGACGACUGAAGAAACAAAUGAGAGGGUGUGGACUAAAAAGGAUGCUUUAGCUCUACAUGCCAUUAAGAUUUCAUGUGGAGCAAAGGCGUUUGAUCUAAUAAAGAACAAAGAGUCAGCCAGAGAAGCUUGGAAGGCAUUACUUGAUAUGCCGAACGUCCCAGUCUAUCAUUACAUCCCCAGGCGCCACGAAUUUGUCACUCCGGACAUUGCCACGCCCAACCAAGGUUUUAUUCCAUCUCUCUUUCUCUCUCUCUCUCUCUUUGCCAAAAUUCAUCUAUCUGUUUGAGUUCGUUAUUAUUUCAGCAUUUGUCAUUGUAGAGAGAGACUGCUGAACAGUCAACUUUUUUGAGGUCCUGGCUUAGAUCUAGCUAAUGUACUGUGUUUAUUAAUUUUCGGAGCUUAGCUUGGUUUUUCUGAUUUUAAAUCUUGCAGCAGUCUUGGGCUUUAAUUAGUUAUGAUGUUGAUUCAAGUCGUGUGUCAGUGUGUGGUAUUGAGUUCGAUCUUUUGUUUGUAGCCCGCAGGAUUUGAUAGUAAGAAAGGCCAAAUGAAAAAAGUAUCCUUCU